UUUCCAUUAGACGUCGUAUAAGAAACAAGUUUGUGCUUUUGUAAAAAAAAUUUAUGUAAAUUAAUAUAUAUUACCUUAAUAAUUAAAAAUAAAUAAGAUAAAGUAAUUAAAUAAAGUUAAUUAAGUAUAAAUUAAUUAAUUAAAUUAAUUAAUAAAAAAAAUGGCAAUUUUAUCAAAUUUAUUGAUUCCAUUAAUUAUUUUAAUUUUAACAACAAUUACAAUUGCCUAUCUAUAUAUGACAAGAAAAUUUAAACAUUGGACAAAAAAAGGAAUAAUGGAAAUAAAACCAAGUGCAUUUGUUGGAAAUUUUGGCAAAUGUUUAUUAAUGAAAAUAUCGCCUGGUUUAUAUUUUAAAAAAAUUUAUAAUAUUGCCAAAGGACAACCAUAUGUGGGAAUUUAUUUACUCGAUAGACCAACAUUAUUGUUACGCGAUCCAGAAAUAAUAAAACGUAUUUUAAUUAAAGAUUUUAAUUCAUUUGGCGAUCGUUAUUCGCGUGCAAGUGUCAAUGAUAAAAUUGGUAAUUCAAAUCUUUUUAUGAUUAAAAAUCCCGCAUGGAAACAAGUACGUUCAAAAUUAACGCCAAUUUUUACAUCGGGACGUUUAAAAAAAAUGUUUCUACUAAUGGAAGAAGUUGGCAAAGAUUUGGAUAUGCAUUUAGAAUCACAAUUAUCAAAAAAUAAUUUUUGUUCAUUGGAAAUGAAAGAAGUUUGCGCAAAAUUUACAACCGAUAUGAUUGGUACAACAGCAUAUGGAUUAAAAGUGAAUUCAUUAAAUAAUCCCGAUGCUGAAUUUCGUAAAUGUGGACGAGAAAUUUUUACAUUUAAUAUAAAACGAUCUAUUGAAUUUACAACAAUAUUUUUUAUACCCGAUUUUGUUGAUAUAUUGGGUUUUCAAUUAUUUUCAAAAAAAAGUACAAAAUUUUUAAGAAAUGUUUUUUGGGACACUAUUAAUGAACGUAUUAAAUCAGGAACAAAAAGAAAUGAUCUUAUUGAUCUUCUUAUUGAAUUAAAACAAAGCCAAGAAAAUGAUUCGUCACAAAAUAAUAAUAAUAAUUUUAAAUUUCAUGGUGACAAUUUAGUAUCUCAAGCAGCUGUUUUUUUUACCGGUGGAUUUGAAACAUCAUCAACAACAAUGUCAUUUGCCUUUUAUGAAUUGGCUGUUAAUAUUGAUGUGCAAAAUAAAUUAAGAUUUGAAAUUGAAGAAGCAUUGCAAGCGAAUGAUGGAAAAAUAACAUAUGACAUGGUUAUGACACUACCGUAUUUAGAUAUGGUAUUAUCGGAAACAUUAAGAUUGUAUCCAAUUUUACCAUAUCUUGAUAGAGUUGCAUUGAAUGAUUAUAAAAUUCCUGAAACAAAUUUACAAAUUGAAAAAGGAACCGUUAUAAUUGUACCAAUGGUUGGUCUUCAUCGUGAUGAAAAAUAUUUUUCAAAUCCCAAUAUUUAUGAUCCCGAACGUUUUUCUGAGGAGAAUAAAAAAUCUCUAACACCAUGUGUUUAUAUGCCAUUUGGAGAGGGACCACAUAUUUGUAUUGGUCAACGUCUCGGACUAUUGCAAUCGAAAUUAGGAAUUAUUCAUAUUAUUUCCAAAUAUGAAAUUUCGAUUGAUACUGAAAAAACUUCUGUUCCAAUAAAAUUAGAUCCAAAAGCAGUUUUAACUGCUUCAAUUGGUGGCAUUUAUCUUAAUUUGAAAAAAAUUACCACCUAAGUAGAGUAUUAUAAAAGAAUAAUAAAUAUAUGUAAGAAAAAAAAGAAAAUAAAAUUUAAAAGAAAAACUAA